AGCGUUGGAAAUGCGAUAUUUUAUGUAAUAAAUGAAGGUUGGAAUCGUUAUGGAAGUAGUAGUAAUUCUUCCUCAUCCUAUGAUCAAGUCACAUUUGGAAAUGGAAAUAGUUCAAAAGAUGGUAGCAAUAAUUCCACUAUAGUCUAG